GACCAAGGGAGGGAACUGUGAAAUAUGACCGCGGCUACAGGAUGCCAAGUAAAAUUCCUGGCGCCAAAACAUUGAGAAAACUGGAGAUGGGCUUCACCAACUUUAAAGUACAGAUAACUAGGGGACGUAAUUUUUGUGACGCUCUUUCGCGUCGAAGGUGAAGUUGAAGACUUCCUGAAUGUCCCCCGUCGGGCCCCCAGAUUCCACAUCCAUCAAGAUUGAUCAAAAACACCACCUCUUUUUGCCCACUGGUGUGCACUCCAGUUUCACAGCAAAUGAAAUGAACUCACUGCAGUGGCCCCUGCCGCCUGCCAUUAUGGACCAACUGGCAGCUGCGGCAGCGGCGAGUUACGUCACUCAGCCAGGGCCACCUCCAGGGCAACAGCAGCAGCAGCAGCAGCAGCCGCAGCACCAGCCUCCGCCGCGAGCACCUAAUCUGGUAGACACUGCUGUACAAACAGAUGUCACGACUGUGGUGCAAAGCAAGCAGGAGAUGGCCAGGGCUCAGAUUGCAGCAGCAAACAGGCUGUUAGCAUCUACCUCCUCUAUCACCUUCAACUCUUGCGAAUACUGUGGACGUGUCUUUGCCAAAAAAGAGUAUCUACGACGCCAUGUCAGAAUCCACACAGGUGAACGCCCAUACAGGUGUGUUGUUUGUCAGCUGAGUUUCCGCAGAAGUCACCACUUGCGGCGCCAUGAACUAAUGCACACAGACGUGAAGCCAUUUGGCUGUCAUCUGUGUGACAAGGCCUUCAAGCAGAAGCAGCACCUCGAUCGCCACCUGACAAGCCAUUCUGGUGAGAAGCCCUUUGCCUGUCAUCUCUGUGAGAAAGCCUUCACACGGAAACAGCAUCUGGAUCGACACGUCAAGAUGCACACAGGCGAGCUGGAACGUACAUACAAGUGCCAUGUCUGUGAGAAAAUGUUCUUCCGCAGCCAUCACCGUGACAAGCACUUGAAGUCACAUGGUAUUGCUGCCCUUGAAACUAAGAAUCGCAACCUGAACUUCCUGCCUCUGAAUAUUGAUCUGACAAAGCCUGGAGCUGUGGAAGCACUAAGUGCUACAUCCCCACACAGUGGCACCAGUGACUCCUCAGAUUCUGACGAUGAGAAACAACCUACCCCUGACAAGCAGAAUUCACAGGUUACCAAACUAGAAGGAUGUCGCAAACGCAAGACUCAUUCGCCAGUACGUUUGGCCCUGGGUGAGAAAAAGAGCAGAAGUUCAAAGAAUGACACGGCUUCCAACACUACGACAAGCACCAACACUGGCGAUGCUAAUGGGCAAAAUUCUGCACUCGCCAACCAGAGGUCCACCUUUGACUAUGGUGGCAUGCGAAACGACAUUGUCUUUCCACGCAAUGAAGCAGUGAGUGCUAUGGCCAUGAGAGACAACACUGGCGGCAACAAUGGCAACAACGGUGGCAAUAAUGGGGGCAUGAAUCAGCAGACAGGUUCCUCAACAGAUGGAGGAAUGCAGACGCCUCAUCAUCUGGGUAGUGGAAACCAGGGAAUUGACAUGCAGCAACAGUCCCAGCAGCAGCACUUUGCCAUGGGUGCAGCUAUGAACUGCCUGAGUGCAGCUCAGCUUCAGCAGAUGAUGGCAGGCCAGCGCACAGACAUCAAGGUGGAUCCUUCUUCACAGCAGCAGGAGGCUGGCGGCGGUGGAGGAGGUAAUGGAGGGAAGAGCUCACAGCCACUUGUUGUCCCAACCUCACACUUUUCCUCUGCCUCCAAAAUGGCCGAGAUUCAACAACCCAAGUACACUUCUGCAGCAGCAGCCAUUGCUGGCAGACAACUGCAGCAGGCAGGAGUUGGAAUGGGUGUUGGGGUGAUGGAACAGCCUGUCCACUUCAAGUCUGUGGUUGGAGCUCAAGGAGCAGCAACUCCGCACCAGACAUGGCCCCCAGCACUCAACUGGCCACCAAGGUUAUCUCUCUUGCCAGAUGGCAGCUUGCAGAGUGUUCCUGCGCUGACCACGUAUGGAACUGUAAACAUGGCUGACCUCAACCAGGUUAGUGGGGCAGCCAUGUACUCUGCCCAGAAAGCUAUGGAGAUGCGCAUGGCAGCUGGUCUUCACCGCUCGCCUUCUCUCGGUGGAGAUGCAUGGGUACCUGUUAGUGUUGGCUCUGAUCGCAACGGUCAGCGUGGAGGGCCAAGUGCUGGUGAUCGCAGGAUCUACAGCCCUCAACCCUCGACCUAGACAGCAGGCUUGCCUUCUGCCUGAUUCUGUUGGUCCUGGCAUGGCAGGAAUUUUGCUGCCUUCAGGAUUUUAGUUCAUCAUAUUUUAGCUGGCAAAAGUAGCUUGUAUGGUGUUGGAAGACUUUGCCCCAAACCAAAAUGUUAGAACCAGCUUGGUUCUGGAGAAGAAGGGACGUGCAGUUGUCUACUUGUGUAACUGCUACCAAUCUCUUAUUUGGGCUUAUGUUUUUUGUUCAAAAUAACAGCAAAACUGAAUUGCUUCCUUCAUAUUUUUUGUCAGCCCCUUCUUCCAUUAUAGGCCUACAUGUUAAGCAGCCUUGGAAUCUUUUAGGGAUGGUCCUGUGUUCCUAUUUGUAGAGAGAAAAGUUUGCAUGUUCACUUUUAUUAAUGAUUGAGUUCCGAGCUUAUUUUGGAGAAAAUUCAUGUCUUAGAUGUAUGCAAUUUGUUUUUCUUUUUUGUUUUUUUUUUAAGUUUGCGUGAAAACGUGUGCACUUCAUUCUUAAAGCCACCAUUAUUUGGUCCCAGCAUGUUAUUUUGGUUAUUUGUUCUUUUUCUCUUGCUGUCUGGUAAGCUCAUAUUCUUUCAUCUCUUCCCUCUUAUUUUAUUUUACUAGCUCUUUCUCUGCCUUGUGCUAUCAUUAGUAUGAUUGUCUUUGGACCAAAAGUUGUGGAUUUGAGACUCCAAUGUGCCAGAGGCUGAAAUCUCUAUCCACCUAGCAGUAUUUUCCAAAGAAGGCCAAAGGCAGCAGAAGAGGAUUGGACUCAAUAUGCCAUACCCUAGACAUGGUGAACCAUUCUGAAGUUCAUUAUCCCUAUGGCCACUAGAAUGUGGGACACUUUUCUGCAUGAUAAGUCUUUGUCCUGGCUCUGGUUAUUAAAAGGAUUUUUAUUUUAUUCAUCUUUAAACCAACUGGUAGCCAUACAUUUUCUGUGGAUACUCAGGAAUAGGACUUAUGAAAACAAUUUGAGAUAUAUGGUGAGAGGGUGGGGGAUGAGUGGUUUGGAGUAGUUCGGGUUAAAGAUAAAGAACCAGGUAUUUACUACAGAUAAAGGAUGACAGGCCAUGUGUAAAGUCUUGUCAUGGCAAUGGGCUGUAAAUAGCCAGAGCAGGGACAGAAUUUUCAUGUAGUCAGUACCAUGUCAUAAUUGCUUGGGAUCAGUAUAUUCGUUUCCCACUUAUCAUGGACUCUUGUCAAAAAUGUUUUCAUUAUAAACAAAAGAUUAAGAUAUAUAUAGCUCAAAAAGAAAGAGACAUCUAUUUUCAUUUCUGUUGCAAAGUUUCUAUUUGGAAUGCGGAAGUUAACCUGUAUAUAAUGAUGUAGUUGUUAAACACUCUGUUGUCUGCUGGGUUUCAUGGGUUCAGGUGCACAGUUGUUUCCACAUAACCGUUUCCAUACGCAGAUGUAUUUGUUAAAUGUGGCCCCAGAAUGUCAGACAUGUUACUUUCCUGGGUAUUCCCAUGUUCUAGGUAACUGACAUUUCUGGAUUUGUUCAUCCCUCCUCCUGUUAACUGUUGUUCAAAAUAACAAUAGUGUCACCUUUAUGUAUACAACGUAAAGCCAGGUGUCUCUGGAGGCUUCAAAGCCGCCUUGAGAAAUACAGAGCUCGUGUUGGUCCAGCGUGUGUUGCAUACUGUUCUGUAAUACCUCAUUAUACUGCAGUGGUCUGUCACUUUCGUUCUGUACAUACUGCAAGCCUCACAACAGUGGGAAGGAGUGCGUGGUGGGGCGUCAUCACAGUCUUCAGUAUCAUUGACUUCAAUUUACUGAAGACCCUGCUACAGGAGGUAGGUUUUUAUUGUGUCGUCAAGUAAUCCUGGAAUCUGCUGGGAGUGGAGGGGAAGGUUGCAGGGCCUAUAUCAUAACACCAAAUAUAAGCUGAAAUAGUAUUUUCCUUCACAUUCGUCCCUAGACCAGAUGCUGCCUUAGGUCAUCGGUAAAACAUAGUUACAUUCUGCCUCCAUGGCUUUGUCAUAAUACUGAGUGGUUAAACCCCAAUGUGACUGUCUGUGUACAUAAGUUGUGUGUAACGUUUGGUAUGGGGAGACGUCUGUAGGGCUGUACAGUGAUGUGUGAAGAGGAGACAAGCAUGUGACAAAUACAUUCAUCGCCAUAUAUCUGUACUGAAUGAGUCAUCUCUACUUGAGAGCAUAUUGUUUAUAUUUCUUAUAAAUACUUUGGAUUUGUGUUAAAUGUCCUUCAUAGAUUUCUCUUGCACCUUUGUGGAUAUUUUAAUAUGUUUUUAUCAGAUGACGUUUUGUGUUCUUAUACAUGUGUUGGUUUAGCUGAAGCUUUGUUGCAAAGGGCUAACCAGCAACAGCAAAGUUUCAAGUAUAUAUCAUGCAACAUAUAAUGAGUGUACCACUGUUUUAUUUUACCUUUUUUUGAAAUUGUAUAUAAUAUAAACACUGAUAGCUUAUGUGUAUGCUGUCAAAGAGAAUUUCCCUCUGAUUUGGUUUUUAUCAUAAGAGUUUUGGGUGAAGAUAAUACACACAAGAUAUAUCUUCUAAAACUUACUGGCAGGCAGAAUACACCAGGAUGAUUUUAGGGCAAAAGCUGAAAGAUUUUACAGCAACUUGUUACCAGGAGACAGAGUUAGUAGUCUGUACUGAUGACUUUGAAAUAGGUGUUAAAUAAUCACUAAAGGCCAUUUGAAUAAAACAUUUAAAGCACUUGCAUAGUUUAUCAUUGUCUUAAGCAGUAUUUUAAGUUCAGAGAAAACAUUCUAUCUUAUAAAACUGGCUGAGAGUCAAGCAAUAGUCACAUAUUUAGCCAGAUAACUUGUCUACAUUUUAUAGGAAAAAACCCCACUGAAUAAAUUUUAUUUUAUUGCUAUCUUUACAUUUUCCAUAUUACAAAAAAUGUAUGCUGUGUUUAAGCUGUGGAAAAGCUUUUUGAAGUUUGGUUUCCUGGUGAAUUUGUUGAAGGGCUUCACUUACAGGCUGUUGUAUCUUUUGCCAUCUGCUUUACCCAGCAUUCUAGCUCUAUCAGCUGCAGUGCAUGACAUAGUACAGUAGACUGCCAUCUUUGUUCCAUACUAGCUGUCAGCUGUAGGUGCCUAGACCAUACUUAGGAAAAAAAAUCCAAAAGAGGUCUGCUGCUUGUUGGUCACCAAGUUCCUGGGGUGAGUGAAAUGAAAUUUCUUGCAUGGUCAUGUCAUGUCUCCUUGACUGUUCUCAACUCAAGAAGAAUGAACCUAUGAGAACGUGGCUUCCUGUUUUCAGGGUGCUAUAUUUUACGAAAUCAUUUCAUGUAAUAGAAAUCUUUGUGGUUAAAAUUUUUAAUCUAUUUCUGUACUAGGGAUUUUCAACCAAGAUGUUUAUAUGUGGUAAUAAAGACUUACAGAGUGAUCAUUAAAGCUUAACACCUUGGGUUUGACUCUAUAGUUGUCAUGUGAUCUUUGGUAGAUGCAUGUUGACACAACAGCAGUUAGAUUAAUGCAGCAAAUUGCCAUAUCCUGAAAUGGGGAUUCAGCUCUUGGGCUGUAGUGUUAAUGUCGAGCACCAUGUUUGAUAGUGAACUUAGUUAAGUAGAAUUGCUGUUGUUGAUGAUCAUUGAUGUGUGGUUCUGUUAGGCACGCUUAUUGCAGCAUUUGCAUCACACAGCAUGUAAUAGUCUUUAAUAAGUUGUACCUUUUUGCAAUAGCCAGUUGAGUUUGAGGAGUGGGAAGACAAAAUAGUUUGACAUAAUGCGUUGUAGUUGUAUAGGAUUUCAGAUACAAAAUGUUUAUGUUGACUGUCAUUAGGGGAGGAAUAACGACUGUGCUGCCAUCAGUGUUUCCUUGAUUGUGUACAAGACACAUAUUUGUUGCAUAUUAUGCUUUUAAUGUCAAUUUUGGAGAUAGCAGUUUGAUGUACAUGGAUGCACGAGUGUGUGUGUGCUGGUGGUGGUAGUGGGAGGGGGGAAUGCGGUGAUACAGUCUGUUUGAGAGAUGAAACAAGGGGAACAUCUGGGGCACAUUGUGUGCACUCAGGUUUUUCUUUCUAUAAUUAAAAAUCAAACUAGAAUUUAGUCACAGCUUUUUAUGUUUGCUUAGUAUCUAUGGCAUUGCUGUCCUUAGUUACAUGUCUUUACAGGGAUUUAUCUGUGUGUGUGAAUGUGUGCAUGUGCACUGUGUGAAUACACAUAUGUACUUAUAUGCACCUGCAUGUUUGCUUUAUAUGUUGGAUACAGGUGAUGGUGUAAUAAUACAGUGUUUUGUUGGGCUGCUUAUUGUCAUCUCCCCCAUACAAAAAUACCCAAGUCAUGAUGACAGUAUUUUUCUCUAAGAAUUGAUUUAUGUUAAAGAGCUGGUACAUGCUUUUUAACUUUUUUGCUUCCCCUUUCUCAAGAGAAAAGGAACAAUUACUCAUAAAAAUUACUUUUGAUCAGGUUUUUUUUUUUUUACUGAAGUAAUGGCAUUUCUUUACAAAUUCUUAUAGGCUCUGUUUAGUUUCUGAUGCAAUAUUUGUGUACAGCACUAAAACAAAUGAGUGCCUUGAAUGCAUCUACAUAUAGGCAGUGCACAUUGUAUCCAGUUUCUUUGACAGGUAUUUCACUCUUGUAAAUUUUUUUUAAUCUUUAUUUUUUAAGAUGUCACAUGUAACUAUUGCUACAGUGUACAUAAACAUAAGACAAAAAUAUUCAGUUUUAGAUGUCAGUUUUUUUCCCCAUCAGUAAAAAUAGCAUCAGUUUGAAGAAAUAAUGGCAUGCCAACUAAAGAUCUGUGUGUGAGGUGUUGGGGCACUUACUGUUUUCUCAAGAAAAAGCCCAUAGAACAGAAGAAAACAUCCUGUUCUGUUUUUUUUUUUUUUCAGUGGGGGAAAAAUGGAGAACUGUAAGCAGGAGUAAGGGACAAGAAGUGAUGCUCACAUUUUUUUCUACAAAUAAUUAAAAUCGAUCCAGUUAGGAAGUUUAAAACCAAUUUUUUCUCAGUUUGUAUCAGACGUGAUAAAUAAUGCAUGUGUCAUUACAAUCCAUUUUACUUUGAUGAACAUUGAAGAUAUUUGCAUCUUGGAUUUUUCUUUUUAAAAGCAUAACUGGUCACUAAAUUAUACAGAAUGUGGGGUUUAUAAUAUGUGUUUGUGUGGUUGUGUUUCUAGCAUCAUUAUUGCUACAUUAUUGUUGGAGAAGAUGGAUCUUGGACUUGCUUGUUUCAUACUUUUUCCAUUGGAUUUCAUCUCAGUCUGAAUUCAUGAAUAUGUUGGGCCAGAUUUUUCUUUUGGAUUAAAGCACUGUAAAAAUGUAACUUUAAAAAUAAAAUUUUAAAUGCGGUUAUAAAUGUUGUAAAGUGGAAUAAUGAGAACCCAAACACAAGCCCACAGUAAAGAUUUAAUAAAUGACCAAUCAUCUUGACUUUACACUAAUUGGGGAGAAAAUAAUGAAUAUGCCUUUUAAGGAUUUUCCCCCUUUUACUGCAUCCAGCCUUUUUUUUUUUUUUUAUGGCGAGAGUUGUUAUUUUGAGUGUAUGUUGUUAUUAUCUUUCAGUCUAACAGACUGCUGUGUAUCUGGGCCGAAAGCAUGUGUAUGUGUGUUUAUUAUAUAAUCUAUGAAACGUGAUAGACAUUUGACAGAAUUAUCUCCAUAUUUUAAAUUUCUUUUUUGAUAUAUCUGGGAGGGCAUAUUUCUAUGUAUGUUAUUAUUUUGAGCAUGUAAAAUGCUCGGUUCUAGUACUCAAGUCAUUGUAUCACAUUUAACUUUGCCCAUUCCGCGGCAUAUUUUACCACCUUGUUAGACUUGCAGAAUCCACCCCUCUUGCUGUAUACUUGUGCCUGUUGCACUGCUCUUUCUUUUUGUGGAUUGUAAAUAAUUUUUUUAAUGAACUCCUGCACUGCAGCACUGAUGAAAUGCCACAUGGUGAUUCUCAUAACGGUUGUAAGAUGGGACAGACUGUUGGAAAAGCAAAGAUAAAAGUACAGACUCUUCAUGUACAGUGUAUGGAUGUGUUGUCUGUUUUGUCUUCCUGUGUAACAAGUAACUUUUGUGUAAUUAAUUUGUUUUGGCAGAUGUGUUUUAUUAGUUUUAGCAAGAAGUUUGUACUCUACAGAUGUUAAACAUGUUAAUUUUUGAGUGUCCUUGCAAUCUCUAAUAUUGUGCAAAUACUGUAAACCUUUUGUAUGUUCUAAUCAUGAAAUUUCUUUUUGCAUUAUUUUUAAAGCUAGAAUUUCUUAAAAUUUAAAUUGAAUCAGGAUUUUUUGGUCAAAAUUUGAUUGUAACAUGAAAGCUGUUCUUGUUUGCAUAUAAAUUUGCACGAGUGAAAUAGAGCUUCAUAAUUAUCUUUUUGUGUUUCGCUUCAAUUUUACUUAGCUCCAAGCUUAAAAUAAAUGCAGCAUUUUCUCGCAUUUUCUCAUGUCUCUUUGUAAAUAAAAGCAGAGUUUUUUUUGUGGUCCAACACUACAUUGCAUUAAUCAGUAGCAAAACCAAUAAAAGCAAGUCAUUUGCAAAA